AUGGAUCCGGUGGCCAACAGCUGCGUGAGGAACCCCCACCCCCCAGCCCCGCUCUGGGGCUGCCUCCGAAACCCCCACUCGGAAAGCAGCAGCACUUCAGGGCUGUCCCAUUAUCCACCAACCCCGUUUUCCUUCCACCAAAAGUCAGAUUUCCCAGCGACAGCAGCAUACCCCGACUUCUCUGCUUCCUGCCUGGCAGCCACUCCACACAGCCUGCCCCGGGCCGAGCGCAUCUUCAAUGAGCAACAUCCUGCCUUCCCACAGACCCCUGACUGGCACUUCCCCAUCUCUGAAGCUGGGCAAAGGCUCAACCCAGGCCCAGCUGGGAGCGCCAGAGAGAUGGGGGCCGGCAGCCCAGGCCUGGUGGAGGGCACGGGAGGAUCCGGUGAGGACUACAUGGUACUUCGGAGCACUGCCAGUGAGCCGGAGAAGAAAUCAUCUAGAAGGAAAAAAGAACGGUCAG